CACACAGGGACAUCACCCUACAGCAGUUCGGGCUGUGUGGCUCGCAGGAAGCAUACAUUGGCUUUUGGUUCUUGCUAGUUCCCAGCUCACAGUUUGGGAGGAUCCUACAGCAAGCCUCCACGAGAAGGGGGUCCAGCAACAGCGAGGAGCUGGGUGGUCCCAGCCUGGAGCCCUGGCAGCCUGACAUGGGGAUCUUUCCGAAGCUCAGGGCCCUGCAGAUGUCGCCAGGAAAGUGGUGAUCCAGGCAGGACCAGACUGCCCAACAGGACAGAGAAAUGGAGGCAAACGACCAUUUUAACUUUACUGGCCUUCCCCCUGCACCUGCUGCCUCAGGACUGAAACCCUCUCCUUCCUCAGGGGAGGGCCUCUACACUAACGGGUCUCCCAUGAACUUCCCCCAGCAAGGGAAAAGUUUGAAUGGGGAUGUGAAUGUUAAUGGCUUAUCUACUGUAUCUCACACUACUACUUCAGGGAUUUUGAACUCUGCUCCCCACUCCAGCACCUCACACCUCCAUCACCCCAACGUGGCCUACGACUGUCUCUGGAACUACUCACAGUACCCAUCUGCUAAUCCUGGCAGCAACCUCAAGGACCCACCCCUUCUCUCCCAGUUCUCGGGGGGACAGUACCCACUCAACGGCAUUCUUGGGGGCAGCCGGCAACCUUCAUCCCCAAGUCACAACACUAAUCUUCGGGCUGGGAGCCAAGAGUUCUGGGCCAACGGUACCCAGAGUCCAAUGGGGCUUAACUUUGACUCGCAGGAACUGUAUGAUUCCUUUCCUGACCAGAAUUUUGAGGUGAUGCCCAAUGGACCCCCUAGUUUUUUCACCUCCCCACAGACUUCUCCCAUGUUGGGAUCUAGCAUCCAGACCUUUGCACCCUCCCAGGAGGUAGGCGGUGGCAUUCAUCCUGAUGAGGCAGCAGAAAAGGAGUUGACUUCAGUGGUGGCGGAGAAUGGCACUGGCUUGGUAGGCAGCCUGGAGCUGGAAGAAGACCAGCCAGAACUGAAGAUGUGUGGCUAUAAUGGUUCUGUCCCCUCUGUGGAGUCAUUACACCAAGAGGUCUCAGUCUUGGUCCCUGACCCCUCAGUGAGCUGUUUGGAUGAUCCUUCACAUCUUCCUGAUCAACUGGAAGACACUCCGAUCCUCAGUGAAGACUCCCUGGAGCCCUUUGACUCUCUGGCACCAGAGCCAGUGAGUGGAGGACUUUAUGGUAUUGAUGACACUGAGCUGAUGGGUGCAGAAGACAAGCUGCCUCUUGAGGACAGUCCUGUGAUCUCUGCCCUCGAUUGCCCUUCCCUCAACACUGCUACUGCCUUCAGUCUCCUGGCAGAUGACAGCCAAGCUUCGGCCUCUAUCUUUGCCAGCCCCGCCUCUCCACCCGUCCUAGGGGAGUCUGUCCUCCAAGAUAACAGCUUUGACCUGAAUAAUGGUAGUGAUGCUGAGCAGGAAGAGAUGGAAUCUCAGGCUUCUGACUUCCCACCCGCCCUGAUGGAGCCAGCCCCUGACCAGGCGUCUGCUAUUCAGCUUCGGCCCGUAGCCUCCCCAGCAGUCUCACCCACAGCCUCCCUCGCAGUGUCUCCAGCAGCCUCCCCAGAAAUCUCUCCAGAAGUGUCUCCAGCCGCCUCCCCAGCUUCCUCUGCAACCCUCCCAGCAGUCUCCGUGACAACUCCAGUGGCCUCCCCAAAAGUCUCUCCUGUAGCUUCCCCAGCAGCUGCCUUUCCAUCCGCUUCCUCAGCAGUCCAGGAGGUCAGCAGCUUCCCUGAAACCACUGCUGGCUUGGAUGAGGUCGCCGGAGAGGGGGUCGCUGCUCCCAGUAGUGGUGAUGUCCUGAGAAGACGUAUUGCUACCCCAGAGGAAGUUCGUCUCCCACUGCAACAUGGGUGGCGGAGAGAGGUGCGCAUCAAGAAGGGCAGCCACCGAUGGCAGGGGGAGACAUGGUAUUAUGGCCCCUGUGGGAAGCGGAUGAAACAGUUUCCAGAAGUGAUCAAGUAUCUGAGCCGCAACGUGGUACACAGUGUCCGCCGUGAGCACUUUAGCUUCAGUCCCCGUAUGCCUGUUGGAGAUUUCUUUGAAGAGAGAGACACACCAGAGGGCUUGCAGUGGGUACAGCUCUCAGCCGAAGAGAUUCCUUCCAGGAUCCAGGCAAUUACUGGCAAACGAGGCCGACCUCGAAACACUGAGAAGUCUAAGACUAAGGAAGUUCCCAAGGUGAAACGGGGCCGAGGUCGGCCCCCCAAAGUCAAAAUCCCUGAGCUAUUGAAUAAAACAGAUAACCGCCUCGUAAAGAAACUGGAUGCCCAAGAAACACUGAGCGAGGAGGAUAAAGCGAAAAUCAGUAAAAGCAAGAAGAAGAUGAGGCAAAAGAUACAACGGGGAGAGUGCCAGACCACCCAAGGGCAGGCCAGAAACAAGCGGAAACAAGAGACCAAGAGCUUAAAGCAGAAGGAAGCUAAAAAGAAACCCAAGGUUGAGAAAGAGAAAGUAAAGACAAAGCAGGAAAAACUAAAGGAAAAAGUCAAGAGGGAAAAGAAAGAGAAGGUGAAGCUGAAGGAAAAGGAGGAGGUGGCCAGAGCCAAGCCAGCGUGUAGGGCAGACAAGAGCGUGGCCACGCAGAGGCGCCUGGAGGAGCGGCAGAGGCAGCAGAUGAUCCUGGAGGAGAUGAAGAAGCCCACAGAGGACAUGUGUCUGGCUGACCACCAGCCUCUGCCUGACUUCUCCCGCAUCCCUGGUCUGACCCUGCCCAGUAGGGCAUUCUCAGACUGCCUGACCAUCGUGGAGUUCCUGCAUAGCUUCGGCAAGGUGCUGGGCUUUGACCCUACCAAAGACGUGCCUAGCCUGGGGGUGCUGCAGGAGGGACUUCUCUGUCAAGGUGACAGCCUGGGUGAGGUGCAGGACCUGCUGGUGCGGCUCCUGAAGGCUGCCCUCUGUGACCCCGGCCUGCCCGCCUACUGUCAGUCCCUAAAGAUCUUGGGGGAGAAGGUGUCUGAGAUCCCCCUGACCAGAGACAACGUGUCUGAGAUCCUGCGCUGCUUCCUCAUGGCGUACGGCGCAGAGCCUGCCCUCUGCGACAGCCUGCGCACACAGCCUUUCCAGGCCCAGCCCCCACAGCAGAAAGCAGCUGUCCUGGCUUUCCUUGUGCAUGAGCUCAACGGCUCCACCCUCAUCAUCAAUGAGAUCGACAAGACUCUGGAGAGUAUGUCCAGCUACAGGAAAAACAAGUGGAUCGUUGAAGGUCGGCUCCGGAGACUGAAAACUGCUCUGGCUAAGCGAACUGGGCGCUCCGAGGUGGAGAUGGAGGGUCUAGAGGAGAGCCUGCGAAGGAGGCGCAGUUCUCGGAUCAUGGAGGAGACCAGUGGCGUGGAAGAGGAGGAAGAGGAGGAAGCUGCCGCCGUCCAUGGCCGCAGGGGUCGGAGGGAUGGAGAGGUUGAUGCCACAACAUCUAGCAUCCCAGAGCUAGAGCGCCAGAUAGAGAAACUCAGCAAGCGUCAGCUCUUCUUUCGCAAAAAGCUGCUACAUUCAUCUCAGAUGCUUCGGGCAGUCUCCUUGGGUCAAGACCGAUACAGACGGCGCUACUGGGUGUUACCAUAUUUGGCUGGUAUCUUUGUGGAAGGAACAGAGGGGAGCUUAGUUCCUGAGGAUGCUAUAAAGCAGGAAACGGAGUCCUUGAAGGUGGCAACCCAUCCUCCACCCAACCCUGUGCUCUUCUCUGUGAAGAGGGAGCCUGGUGGCUCCAGCACGGCUGCCAGUUCUCCUGCCCGGGCCCGAGGCCGACCUCGAAAAACUAAGCCUGGGUCUCUGCAACACAGACCCCCGAAGUCCCCUGCCAGAGGACAGGAUUCAGAAGAGCCCCAGGCCCAGCUUCAGCUGGAGGCUCAGCCCUGUGCCCAGCUUCAGGCUCCUGCCCAGCCCCAGCCCCAGCCCCAGCCCCAGCUGUGUCCUCAGCCCCAUAAUGGAUUCCUGGAGCCAGAAGGCUCCCCCGUGUCCCUGGGUCAGAGCCAGCAUGAUCUCAGCCAGUCGGCCUUCCUGUCUUGGCUGAGUCAGACUCAGAGCCAUGGCUCCCUGUUGAGUAGCUCAGUCCUCACACCUGAUAGCAGCCCAGGAAAACUAGACCCAGCCCCGUCACAGCCCCUGGAGGAGCCGGAGCCUGAGGAGGCUGGAUCCAGUCCUGAUGUUCCAGCACCCUGGUGUAACUUCCCAGCCCCGACGCCAUGCCAUGCCGCCCCGACCCCGCCCCCUGCAGGUUCCGAGGACCAGCCCGCACCCUCCCCUCAGCUGCCUGCCUCCUCCAAGCCAGGCAGCAGAGCCAGUGCUGCCAGCUCCUGUUCUCCGGUGCAGUUCUCUUCUACCCCUUGCCCUGGGGUGGCCGCCAAGAGGCGAGCAGGAGACGCUGGAGAGAUGACACAGAGCCCCACAGAGCUGGGACAACUGAAACGGAGAGGGAGGCCUCCCAGUAAGUUCUUCAAGCAGAUGGAGCAGCGUUAUCUAACCCAGCUGACAGCCCAGCCUGUGCCCCCUGAGAUGCGCUCGGGCUGGUGGUGGAUCCGGGAUCCUGACGUGGUGGACGCCACGCUGAAGGCCCUGCACCCCCGCGGCAUCCGCGAGAAGGCACUCCACAAGCACCUCAGCAAGCACAGGGACUUCCUGCAGGAGGUCUGCCUGCGGCCCUCAGCCGACUCCAUCUUUGAGCCCUGCCAGCUGCCUGCCUUGCAAGAAGGGAUUCUCAGCUGGUCCCCCACAGAGAAGACCUAUGAGACAGACUUAGCCGUGCUUCAGUGGGUGGAGGAGCUAGAGCGGCGAGUCGUCCUGUCGGAUCUGCAGAUUCGGGGCUGGACAUGCCCGAGCCCAGACUCGACCCGUGAGGACUUGGCCUACUGCGAGCACCUGCCUGACUCCCAAGAGGAUAUCACAUGGAGGGGGAGGGGCAGGGAAGGACUGGUACCGCAGCGUAAAGCCACCAACCCGCUGGACCUGGCCGUGACACGGCUGGCCGCCCUGGAGCAGAACGUGGAGCGGCGCUACCUGCGGGAGCCUCUCUGGCCGGCGCAUGAGGUGGUGCUGGAGAAGGCCCUGCUCAGCGCACCCAAUGGUGCCCCUGAGGGCACCGCCACAGAGAUAUCGUACGAGAUCACCCCUCGCAUUCGGGUGUGGCGCCAGACGCUUGAGCGGUGCCGGAGCGCAGCGCAGGUGUGCCUGUGCCUGGCCCAGCUGGAGCGCUCCAUUGCCUGGGAGAAGUCUGUCAACAAAGUGACCUGUCUAGUUUGCCGGAAGGGUGACAACGAUGAGUUUCUUCUGCUUUGUGAUGGGUGUGACCGUGGCUGCCACAUUUACUGCCAUCGGCCCAAGAUGGAAGCUGUCCCAGAAGGAGACUGGUUCUGUGCUGUCUGUCUGGCCCAGCAGGUGGCGGAGGAAUUCACUCAGAAGCCUGGUUUCCCAAAGCGAGGCCAGAAGCGGAAAAGCAGUUACCCGCUGAGCUUCUCCGAGGGGGAUGGCCGCCGGCGCCGGGUGCUGUCCCGGGGCCGAGAGAGCCCUGCGGUGCCUCAGCUCUCAGAAGAGGGGCUGUCUCCGUGCAAGCGGCGGCGGCUGUCAAUGCGGAACCACCACAGCGAUCUCACGUUUUGCGAGAUUAUCCUGAUGGAGAUGGAGUCCCAUGAUGCAGCCUGGCCGUUCCUGGAGCCUGUGAACCCUCGCUUGGUCAGUGGGUACCGGCGCAUCAUCAAAAACCCUAUGGACUUUUCUACCAUGCGGGAGCGACUGCUCCGGGGCGGGUACACCAGCUCCGAGGAGUUUGCUGCAGACGCCCUCCUGGUCUUUGACAACUGCCAGACCUUCAACGAGGACGACUCUGAAGUGGGCAAGGCCGGGCACAUCAUGCGCCGCUUCUUUGAGAGCCGCUGGGAGGAGUUUUAUCAGGGAAAACAGGCCAAUCUGUGAGGCGAGGGAGGCGGGGUGGCCCCGCCCACCUUCCAAACAAACAAACCUGCCAUUCUCAACUGCUGAUGCUGCCCUGGGUCAGGCUAAGUCAGAUAAUCCUGAUUUUGGACCCUGCCCACGGCAGCACCCACAUCCUCUUACCCCGCACCCAUCUCCCUUCCUCCUCCUGCUCCUCAGAUAAGAGGGGCAGAGGUGAGGUCCUUCUGGACUGAAAGCCAAAAAAAGAAAAAUAAUUUCUCCUUUCUGUUUAUUUCCUACUUAAACAUGGGAGGGGGAGAGAAGGCCCCGCUUCCUCCUCCUGGCCCCACCCCCUCCCUGUACGCGCCCCAGCAUCCUGGGGCUAUUUAACAAUAGCAAUAGUUCUAGUGAAUGUGUGAAACCGAGAAACACUCUGUACUGUGUGCGGACCCGCAGUGACGGCCAGUAAGUGGACUUACUCCCAGUGUGUCGAGCCGGACCCCGGGCCCUGGACAUGCUGCUUCCAUGUUCAGUCUUUUCCUGCUCCUCACUUGCUCUCGAGUUUUUCUUUUCCUUCCCCUCUGCCCUCCAUUUUUCAAAUUUUCUCUCGUCCAAUAAUGGAAAACUAUCGUGUACGGGUUCUUCCCCUCCUCUCUCCCACUUCUUACCCUGCAAAGGAAAAAAGAAAAGUUCGGAGGCCCCCGUCUUUCUGUCCUCUUCCUGCCGUGGCUGUCCUCCACGCUGAGUUUCCAGCCUUCUCUGAAACUCGGCAGCUGGGAGAGGGGCGGCGGCGCCUGGGCUUUCCCGCCUCCUCCCCAAACCUCCCGCUCGGGAACUCCUCAGGGACAAGUACUGCUGAGUUUGGGCACACCCCAAGAUGAAGGCCAGAGAGCAGUUAACUGGCCUCAGAGCGAGUGCUGAGAGUGUGUGUGUGUGUGUGUGUGUGAGUGUGUGAGAGAUGGGGGGAAGGAGGGGAUGCUGUGACUGCUGGGAUCCCAUUCAGUUUCCCCAGAUACCUGUUUUUAUCCCUUUUCCCGUCGUCUCAAACUAUUGUUUGUUUUCUUUGUCUUUGGGAAACCACAGGAACAAGCGCUCUGGGGACAAGGCUGUUUCCCUCCUCUCUCCUGGUCCCUCUGUUCCAGCCUCUUCAAACUGUGCAAUCUUUCAGCAGGAGCUCCCUCCUCAGAGGCUUUGAGUUUUAAGCUUUUGCAGGGAGAGGGCUAGAACUGGAUCUUUCCAAAAUCUCUUGAGCUUCUGUGGGUUUAGUUGUGCUUUCUGCCCCAUCCCCCAGCAGCAGAGCCCCCGGAGCACAGGAGAGGGCAGGGGGAAGCCCUGGGUCUACCACUGCCCCGCAGGGCCAGUGCCCAAGUUAAGCCCCCAGCAGGUGAGAGGAAAGCGCCUAAGUGCACGUGAUAGCCAUGGGCCCCGGCCGGCCCCCCGCUUUCCUGCUCAGCAGAGCGCCUCCCGUCGGAGAUUACGGGUACUUGCACUGGGGAGGCCGCUGCUCCCUUGGUGGGGGAGGGUGCCGGGCGGGGCAGUGUGGGCUCAGGCAGCCCCUCCCUCUCCUGUAUGUCCCUUCUCCCCCAUAGCCUAUUUCUAAAGUCGCCUUUUCUGUCAGAUAGACCUCAAAACUUUUAACUUUAUUUGAAAUUUUUGUUUUUUGCUUUUAAAUAAGAGGUGGAUUGAAGAAUAUUUGAAUUGACUUUAUAUUAUGCAUAAAUAUUUAUAUUUUAUCUAAGUAACUGCGCUGUAACAGACUUUGUGUUGGCCAGCUGUUUGGGCUGUUGGAGCGGGGGCUCCUCCACCCAGGCUUCCCCGGCGGCGCCGCGCCAGCCCGCUCUCCUCGCAGGGGAGGGGAGGCGGAGGGCCUGGCGGCUCCGGCUCUGUGUCCCCCCCCCCCCCCCGCCCACCUCUUUCCCUAGGGACCAGGCACUCUUCAGGUGGGGGGGGUUCCUCACCUCAGGUUUGAAGGGGGUGGGGAGCGGGGAUGAUCACAGGGGCCAUUUCUCAGUUCUCUUUCCUCAUCCUUACCACCCCUUGAGCUAGGUGGGUUUUCUCUUCUUGACGAUAAGGAGUAUUCGGUAGGGAAGACAGGUGAAAAAGACAAGCCACCCUGCCCUCUGUUUCCCCUCCCCCAUCAGUCUGGUAACAGGAAGAAACCACACCAUCGACACCAACAAGUUUCCACGUUCCUUUUACAACAAAAGGGACUGACUUUUUAUAUAACCAAAUGUGGUGUUUUAGUGACUUUUUGAUAAUGUACAGUUUUUUGUGAAUUUAAAUUUAUUUCUUUCUAUAUUUUUAGGACCAAUCUCAUUUUUAAUAAGGUUAAAAAAGGAAAAAAAAAGUCUAGAGAAAGACUCCUGUUUUUGCCAUGUGAUGUUCCACAAGUGCAGCUGUAGAAAGUGCUUGUCAGUUGAAUAAAAACCACAUUUGAUAGAGA